AUCAUCAUCAUUUCUCUCUCUCUGGUUUUGGAAAUUGCCUGAGAAAAAAAACUAACCAUAACCAUCUUCUUCUUCUUCUUUCUCUUGUUCUUGAAUCUUGAACAUAAUUCUAUUUCAUGGAAAAGCAUCAUCAUCAGCAUCUUUUGUUACAGCAUCAUCAACAUCUCCACCAUCACCAGAAGCUCUCUCUUGCCAAAUCUUCUAGACAAAGCUGUAGUGAAUGGAUCUUUCGAGACGUUCCAAGUGAUAUAACCAUAGAAGUUAAUGGAGGAAACUUUGCUCUGCAUAAGUUCCCUUUAGUCUCUAGAAGUGGAAGAAUCCGAAGAAUAGUUGCAGAACAUAGAGAUUCAGAUAUCUCCAAAGUAGAGCUUCUUAAUCUUCCAGGAGGAGCAGAAACAUUUGAAUUAGCAGCCAAAUUCUGCUAUGGGAUUAACUUUGAGAUCACUUCUUCAAACGUUGCACAGCUCUUUUGCAUCUCUGAUUACCUCGAGAUGACAGAAGAGUAUUCCAAAGACAACUUGGCUUCAAGAACAGAGGAGUAUCUUGAGAGCAUUGUGUGCAAGAAUCUUGAGAUGUGUGUUCAAGUCUUGAAACAAUCCGAGAAUCUUCUCCCUCUUGCAGAUGAACUCAAUAUCAUAGGUAGAUGUAUCGAUGCCAUUGCCUCGAAGGCUUGCGCUGAACAGAUUGCUUCGAGCUUCUCACGGUUAGAGUAUAGUAGCUCAGGGAGGCUUCAUAUGAGCAGGCAAGUGAAGAACAGUGGUGAUGGAGGAGAUUGGUGGAUCGAAGAUCUUUCGGUUCUUAGGAUUGAUUUGUAUCAGAGAGUUAUGAAUGCAAUGAAGUGUCGUGGUGUGCGUCCAGAGAGUAUAGGAGCUUCUUUGGUUAGUUACGCCGAGAGAGAGCUGACAAAGAGAUCUGAACAUGAACAAACCAUUGUUGAGACGAUUGUUACACUUUUGCCUGUCGAAAACCUCGUGGUUCCAAUCAGUUUUCUCUUCGGGUUACUGAGAAGAGCAGUGAUUCUUGAUACUUCAGUUUCCUGCAGGCUUGAUCUAGAGAGAAGGAUCGGUUCUCAGCUCGAUAUGGCGACUCUAGAUGAUCUCUUGAUCCCGUCUUUUCGUCAUGCAGGAGACACUUUGUUCGACAUUGACACGGUUCAUAGAAUCUUGGUGAAUUUCUCACAGCAAGGAGGAGAUGAUAGUGAGGAUGAAGAGUCUGUGUUUGAAUGCGAUAGUCCACAUUCGCCUUCACAAACUGCCAUGUUUAAAGUGGCAAAGCUUGUAGACAGUUAUCUUGCUGAGAUUGCUCCUGAUGCUAACCUUGACCUUUCUAAGUUCUUGCUUAUCGCAGAAGCCUUACCGCCUCAUGCUCGUACCCUUCACGAUGGUUUAUACCGUGCCACUGAUCUCUACCUUAAAGCACAUCAAGGGUUAUCAGAUUCAGACAAGAAGAAGCUGUCAAAACUUAUUGACUUCCAGAAACUCUCACAAGAAGCUGGAGCACACGCUGCCCAAAACGAGCGGCUUCCUCUGCAAUCCAUAGUUCAAGUUCUCUACUUUGAGCAACUGAAGCUUCGAAGCUCCUUGUGCUCUUCUUACUCGGACGAAGAGCCAAAGCCAAAGCAACAGCAACAACAGUCAUGGAGAAUCAAUAGCGGAGCUCUCAGCGCAGCAAUGUCGCCCAAAGACAACUACGCGUCUCUAAGGAGAGAAAACCGGGAACUGAAGCUCGAGUUAGCUAGGUUGAGAAUGAGACUCAACGACCUAGAGAAAGAACAUAUCUGUAUGAAGAGAGAUAUGCAGAGAUCUCAUUCGCGCAAAUUCAUGAGCAGUUUCUCAAAGAAAAUGGGGAAGCUUAGCUUCUUUGGGCAUAGCUCUUCAAGAGGAUCAAGCUCUCCAUCAAAGCAGUCUUUCAGAACAGAUUCAAAGGUGAUGGAAAGAACUUGCGCAAGCACAGAUUAGCUCAGGUUAUAUCAUUCUCUCUUACCUGUUGCGGCUUUUUAAGCGAGUGCAAAGACAAGACUUGAGAUUAGUGUGUGAGUGAGUGAUAUUUUCAACUAUCGAGUUCGACUUUGUAAAUGGAUUUGAUUUAUAUAAGACAACAAAAGGUAGAUGACUUAAAAUCAAA